AUGAUCUCCGACACCGCAAUGAUGAAUCUGGAUCAGAUAAAAAUCUUCAUCGCCGUUGAUGAUCAAGGAAUUAUUUAUGUUAAUUUGCACACUGGUCAUUCACAAUUUGAAAUGUUUUCGAAGAACUUCGUGACUGCUCUCGCAUUUUUGGGUUUGACACAGAUACAAUUGCACUUAUGUGGAUUUGCAAAGAAAUAUAAGCUAUCCGUCACAAACAUUGCAGCUUGUUCCGAUAACGAAGAAAUGGAGAGUCCAUUGAGGAAUUUGAAGUACAUGAAAGUGAAUUCUACCCAUGGUCUUUUGAGUUACGAUGUUUCUUUCAAAAGGCCUCUGGAUGAAAACGUUUGGGGACACAUGAAAUUAGAAAAAUGGACGGAACAGGGAUGGACUCAACUGCCCCUCUUACCUCCCCAAAAAGAUGUUUGUCGCUCUUCUCUAAAUUCACCCCUUAUGCGAGACAUGUGGAUAAGUUGGGCCAAAUUGACGAAUGUUGCAGAACCCGAGAAAUGUCCUAUACCUCCUGGAAACUAUCCGAUGAAGGAAGGGCUUAUUGAUAUGAGUUUACUUCGUAAGAUACCGUUUUGGGCAGGAAAGUUCAGAGUGUUCAUUACGGAGUUUUUUCAAAAGAGUGAUAAUAAGCUAUACUGCCUAGAGGUCAAUUUUGAAGCGCAAGAUGUUGUUUAA